AUGGCUGACCAUGCAUUCUCUACGCAGCUUCCCAGCAUGGUCCGAAAGCCCAAGGCUGUAUGGCCUGGACUGGUCAAAAUGGGCAUGUAUCAGAAGCAGAUAGCUGGAGAUGGCAAUUGUCUGUUUGCAUCUCUCUCCGACCAACUCUACGGCACACCGGCGAAACAUCCCGAGAUACGUGCAAGCAUCAUCGACCACAUGCGAACCUUCCGACCACUCUUUGAGCACUACGUCCACAAGGAUGAUGUGCAACAACGCCGUACCCUUCGUUCUGCAAAAAGUGCCGUCCGUCAAGAAUCAGAAGACGCGUUCGAAGAGUACCUCUCCCUCAUGUCGCGACCUGGAACAUACGGUGGAGAACCUGAGUUGGUCGCCUUCUGUCAGGUCUUUGAUCAGGACGUGACAGUUCACCUUCCACGUAUACAAAACUUCAACAGAGAUUCGAUCUCGUACACAAAUGAACAUCGGGAGAACAGUUCUAUGGGAGCACCCUUGCACAUUUGUUAUGGCGGAGACGAGGUCACGCGAGCACACUACGACUCAGCUCGGAGCCGAGAUGGUUCAACUCCUCGAAGCCGUGACAGCCCCCUCCUCAGACCUCAAGAUCCCCCCGGAAACUCCAUCAGUGGCACCCUAUCGUCCUCACCCGUGUCCAGCCUCACUUCAAGGGCCAUUCGCAACAGUAGAGCAGAGUUGUCCUCCGAACUCAUCCAAGACUUUCUCCAGAAGAGCAAGAAAGAGUCAGAGAACAAUCUGAUCCAGCUCAAUGAGAAAUAUCGCGCUAGAAGCCCGUCGGUGACUUCAUCACAACGCAGCUCAAGCUCAAAGAGAUCACUCGACGACGAUGGAGAACCAAUUCGAUCAAGCAAACGAGCUGACAGACGAAAGAGCACCCGAAAGCGUGGAGACAUUGCUGUUACCAUUCCAGAUCCAGACGAUGAACUUUCGCCACGCAUCCCUGUCGAAUCCCCUGGACCAGACACGCCUCUGAGCACUCAAGACACCGACGUUUCGUCAGAUGCUCCACUUCAAGAACCUCCAACAGCCACCACACUCAAAGCCAUACCGAUAAUCCUUGACGGCGACCACUUGAACAACAACCAUGUUUCUCAUGCCACGAAGCAAUCGACUACGCAACAGGGUCGAACGUCUAUUCAUGUCCUCAGCAAAAGAGCACAACCAGCUGAGUCCUCCAACCCACGGAUGAUAUCGGUUGCAGAGAGACCCAAAUCGACAUUGCGAGCAUAA